CAUUCGCUACGUUUGAACGUUCAUUCGAAACGCGCUCGCUUCUGCUAAACAUCGACUUGGCUGGAUUUUGAGGGCUCUUCAAGUUACAAACGAAAAGCGAAAGACGAAAAAUAAAAAUAAAAAUAAAAAUGCGCAGCCAAGUGCUAAGUUUUUGCAUUGCAAUUUUGUUAAUUGUCUGCCUCAUGUAGAAGGCACUUCCAGCACGUAAAUAAUAAUUAUGCCUGGCACAGUUUUAUUAUAUCGGAGCGCACAGUAUGACAGCAAAUACGCUGAAGAGCACGCCGCAAAGGAUUCGUCGGAUAGGCGAAAGUCUGCAGAUGCUGAGCCAGGAGGCGCGACGCACAGUUGUGCGCUAUGAAUAUAUCGUUAUAUGUCUCAUGGUGCUUGUGGCGAUCUUUUCCAUUCUGUGGAGCGUUUCCUUGCACAUGUUGUCCGGCGAUUUCAAUGAGGGAAUCAUCAGUGCCAAAAUAAUGUUUAAGGAUCGCGACUAUGGCCAAAUGAAUGAGAAAAGCAAAGGGAUUAUCGAACACGAUCUACAGCAGCUGGGUCGACUGCCGUAUGAAUUCAAUGAGACGCCGCAACCGCUGAAGAGUGACAGCCAAACCAAAAGGCCAAAAUACAAAUUUGAACAUAUCUACGAGACGAAGGACAAUGCGCCGCUGCUAGCGCGUUUGGUCAGCGAUCAGGAGCGAGCCCAGGAGGAUGCGACAACCACAACAAAUGCUCCGCCCAAGGUUGUGCCGAACGCUGAAGCGGAUCUCAAAUUUCUGGCUAGCCAGUCUGUCGAUACACAUGCCACACGCUGGAGUCGCGGCAUUGGCGCACAAUUUGUUUAUGCCUUUCCACUGAUAUCGGAAAUCGUGGCCAUUAUCUGGACGGCCAUGUGUCUCAUCUAUCAAACGGGCAGCAAGAAAACAUCAGUGCUGCCCAAGCCGUGGCGCAUAGUCGUGCCCUCCAUAGCGAUCUUCGCGCUGAUGAGUCUGGGCAGCGUUGCCUAUACGAUACUGACCAAUGGCUAUCUGCGACGACUGUGCGGGCAGCUGCGGCAGGGUCUCACCAAUCCCUGGGCCAUUAGUUGCGGAGAUGCCAUCGCCCUGCUGCGUCCGCGCAUACACGAGCACAGCGUCGCACAUGAUGCCUAUCUGGAUCUCUUUCGCUGCAGCUAUAACAUCAGCAUGGUUCUGUGGUUCUUGGCGCUGUUGAUCAUGAUGCUGCGCUAUAUAUUUGCCAUAGAUUUCCAGCUGGUCGACAUUGACGAUAUGUUCGAUCGGCCGCAGCCCAUACAGCCCGUCUAUACGGAGGUGCAGCAGAGCAGUCCACAGCACACGCAGCAGUUGAGACCCAGGUCCGAGGAUGAUUUCCAGAGCGCCAAGUCACGGCUCAGCGAAAUGGCCAUGCCGCUGCUCGACUCUAAAGGCCAAGAGCAACAACAGCAACAAACACACUUAACAACUGUGGCCUAAGUCUUGACUUUGCCACAAGUUAAAGCACAUCAGAAAUCUCAGGUUUAUUUUUAUACAAUUCUUUUAGAGCACAAAGCAGAACCUAAAAGCAAACAAGCUGAACAAAUGGAAGAGUUGACUUCGGCAUGCCGAAGUUGAAAUAUCCUUGCAGUUGUAGCAGUUUCUUAUUUGACCCAUUUGGAAACUAUACAAAAAUAUCAAUUGCCCUACUUAACUGGCAAAAUGCGAUAAGCUUUAUCACGCCAACCCUCAUGAGCAGCUUAUCAACAUUUUAUUGUUGCCAUAGCAGUAAUCAGUUCCUAAUUUUAAAUUGAUAUAGAGCUUUAAAUUGAAGCGAUUGACUUUGUUUUACGUAUAUUAUAUAGAAUUCCAUUGCUGCUUAAAUCUUGAGGCAUAUGUGAUUGGUAAACAAAGGAAUUGUUUACACGGCUAAUGCCAUGUAUCAGGUAAUAAAUAGUAAACAUUUUCGCUGGCCAGUUUAGCAA